AUGUUGAAGCUCCUGCUUUUGGCGGCUUUUGCUGCUGUGUCUUUCGCCUUCCCUUCCGACCCACGUCAUCACUGUUUCUCACCCCCUGAGCUCUCGUUCAGGGCACACCAGUAUAACAGUCAGCUCACCACAUUCCGUAGAUUUGAUGCGGUCUAUGAUGUCAGGAACCAAAGAGAGGCUGCCUUGGAGGUGGUGGAGAAGUCGGCCGUGCCUGGCAAACAUAACUCCAAGAACCCCACUCCACAGACACUACUGGAUCAUCCUUCUCCACGAAGAACACACUGCACCAAGUACAAAUUGGGCAAGUUCCACCCGUUCGGGGUGCCCCAAGACGCCAUGUUUGAGGCAGAGUUCUACCUCGGAGGCCCAGGAGAAUCCAUAGACGCUGCUGAAUGGUCCGACAGGACAACCCAUAAAAGAGAAGAAUGGCUCGGCGUGUUCACAAAGGGAAACUGCUACCCCAUCCACACCUUCCUGCGCAACAACCACAAGAACCACACCCUGACCACAGACUUCUAUGACAUGACGAAAGGUAUCAACAGACCCGAGCUCUUCGAGCCACCUCCCGAAUGUUUCAAGAGCCCAGAGACAGAAGAGGAGAUGAGCGACAUCAGCAGAGAAUUUUACAGCAUUUUCUUGCGGAAAUAAAAUAAGAACUGUUAUGUAGGUCCUCCACACAUGCUUGUGUAUGUGUACAUCGAGUUUAGUUAGUCCGUUCUGUGGCUAUUUUAUAAAUACAAAACAAUUUUUUUGUUCAAGCCUCUGAUUGGUGAACCUUUUAAAAACAGUUCAAAUUACCCCGACUGCAUCUCGGAAAUCCAUUCUAAAGAGCGUCAACUACAUCAGCUAUUACUUUUUUUUUCUUUGGAAUUCGCUGAUCCCAUUUAUAAAAUAACCAGUUUCUUUUUUAAUUUAUACAGAGUAUUGUUUAGGUUUAGAUGAUAAACGCGACAAAGAUAUCCAACUGCCAACAUUAAGGAUAGGAGGGCGAAAUAGUUUUCUCCUUUUUAAUCGGUUGCUCUUAAGUUCACCUUUCCAUCUGUGUCAAUCCAUCUACAUGCUAGAACUUGACUUUCUUUCAGUCGUCAAACCUACUCUUUGGUUGGAUCAGCUAUCACUUGCUCGUUUCUUACAAUCUUUCACCUCACCCAUCUCAUCUCCCCCGAACUUUUCUCUCUUCUACUUUUUUCUCAAAACUUUUCGAAUGCUCCAUUACCGGUAGUUCAGCUUGUAUGCUAUUUUACUGCGGUGCAAGAGACCAAAGUUUGAAUGUUCGCAACAGUUUUUCCAAGCUUUGGAUAUUUGGAGAGUUUAAAGACUUUCGGAGGCGGGUGUUAUCAGAUAUUAGCAUACAAAUUCGAUUAUUCAGUUUCUAAGAUAUAUUUUAAGAGAUGGAAAACUGAAUCACAGUGUCGUACUCGUGUGUUUAGCAGUUUGGUUAAUUAAAUGUCUGCAGAAGGAUUUUUGGGUGUUUUGUACAGCAUUGGAUGACAGAAGUAAAUGUUUUAAUUAUAGCAAAACGUUUGUAUGAGUUAUGGUAAAUGAGAAAAGGUAAGUACGGAUCAAAAUAAAACUUUUAAA